AUGGAAGAACCCCCCAAAAAGAAACACAGGGCCCCUCAAAGCGGUGCGAAAGCCUUAAAGAAAUCAAAAUUAGAAACAAAGGCACAAAAUCCAAAGGGCUUUUCUAUUCAACACACUACUAAAGCUGCUAGGAAGGUCCGAAAAACUCUAGAUCGUGAGACCAAGAAGUACCAUUUGUCGAGUGUUAAUGCUAAGACUCCUGUUGAUUUUGACCCUCCUCUUAUUGUCGGUAUUGUUGGUCCACCUCGCAGUGGCAAGUCUACCUUGCUUCGAUCCCUGAUCCAACACUUCGGCAGAAAAUAUUGUCCUAUAAUCACUGGUCCCAUAACUGCCGUGGUUGGUAAGAAGUAUCGCAUGACAUUUAUUGAGUGUGACUGCAAUAUUAACAGCAUGAUUGACAUUGCCAAGGUUGCGGAUUUGAUCCUUCUUACAGUUAAUGUCAAGAAAGGGCUUGAAAUGUAUCAUUUCGAGUUUAUCAAUAUGUUACAAGUACAUGGUAUGCCUCGAGUUAUUCCCGUUCUCAAUCAUCUCGAUGAAUUCAAAGAAUCCAGUUCUUCACGUGCCAUACGCAAGAAAAUUAAACAGCGUCUCUGGACGGAUCUUUCGGCUAAGAUUUUCCUUUUAUCCCGUUUCAUGAAAAAGAAAUUUUAUCAAAGAAGAAAACAAUCGGACGAUAACGAAAUUGAUGGUGAGUAUAUGCAGGCGGAGAUUCAACGACUAGCACGUUUGAUGGUUGUUAAGGUGCCUCGUCCUUCCGAUUGGAGAACUGGCCAUCCCUACAUGGUUGUUGAUCGGCUGGAAGAUGUUACAAACCCGGAAAUUUUGAACGAAGAUGAAAAACACAGUCGCACUAUUAGUCUCUACGGUUAUGUCAGAGGUGCCCCAAUCGAAGCCACUUUCUCCAAUCCUUCGGUGCAUAUUCCUGGUCUUGGAGAUUUUCUAGUAUCUGAGUGUACACGCCAAGAAGAUCCCUGUCCUGCUCCAGCUCAAUCUAUGAUGAUGAGUGAGUCGAAAGAAGAAGCCCUCGAAGCCAAGUUAAAGAAACGCCUCUCCGAAGGUGAACGAAGACUUUACGCUCCAAUGUCCAAGAUCGGAGGUGUUCUUUUUGAUCGCGACGCCACAUACAUUGAUAUUGGAGGUAGCCAUCAUUUGGGUGGUGGUCGUUUGACCUCUGGUCGAGAGAAAAUAGUCAGCGCAGGGGAGGCUGAUUUAGCCAAAGCACGGGAACUCCUAUCUGCGGAAGGCCAUGGUUUAGACGAACGUCUAGCCCACGACCAUCACGUCCAAAUGCUCGCAGAUGCCCCCUUUUUACCACCGAACGAUCUUGACACUAUUGAAGAAACCUCCAAUUCUGAGGAUAGUGAUUCCGAGAGUGAUUCUGAAGACAAGAAUGAAAGUGUGCGAAUGUUUGAAGAUGCUGCUCUCCCGAAUUCGGACGAGGAACCUAUGGAUUUCGAUGAAAACGACGAAGAAGGCUCCUCCAGCGACACGGAUUUGGAAGAACUGAUGAAGUUGAAAACGAAGUCUGAAUUCGAUAGACGGCAUCAAGAUCUGAAAAAUGCCUUUGAUAAUCUCGAUUGGCAAGAAACAUCUUCUGGCCGUAAAAACUGGAAGAGGCUUAUCUAUAGUACUGUUAAUGAAACCCCAACAGUUGAUUCUGCAACUGCCUCAGAUACUCUAAUGGCUGACAUGUUCCGAGUAUCAACUAUUAUCGACGAAAAAUCCACGCAAGUAGAAGCAGACGAUGUUACACUUCCCCGAAAUCCCACUGUUUCAAUAAAUUGGUCUUCAGCAGCCCAUCUGCGACAUCUUAUUAAGGAUUGUUUCUCCACGGGGGAAUACAACGCCACUGAAGAUGCUAAAACCCUCUUGAACGCUGACGAGGAAGCUCAACGAACUCUAGCUGCUCUUAAAGCUCAAAAGAUCGCGAAAGCUGCAGGUAGUCACGUUCAGUAUAAGCCACAGGAGAAGCAAGACCAAGGAGAAAACGAAGACGAGAUCUCAGAAUACGACGAAAUGAGCGAUUCUGAAGAUGAUUCUUUCAAUGAAGAUGAGCUUUUGGAUGGAGAAAGAGAAGAGAAAAAUGACGAUUCCACAGAGGGAUUUGAAAAGAGUCUUCUAAGACCGACAAAACGUGAGAAAAUCCUUGAGAAACGCAGGAGACAUAAAGAGCUGUUUGAGAAGCUCUAUGAGGCUGCACAACGUGGUUCUGGUACAAAAGACGGUGAAUCUGCUACAGCGCACUACGAUAGGGCGUUGGCAAAAAAGGAGGCUCAGGAGCAGUUGAAUAGAGAAGUUCUACGUCAAUUACCUCCUGGAGUUAGAGAAAAGGUCGAGGGUAUUUCUCCAGGAUCGUAUGUGCGUCUACAAAUUGCUGGAGUGCCAUAUCAAUUUAUGGCCAAUUUCGAUCCCCGUCAGCCUCUUAUUGUUGGUGGAAUCGUGAAAGGUGAAGAGGCCAAAGCAUUCAUCCACGCCCGUUUCCAAGCUCAUCGGUGGUUGAAGCGCGUCCUCAAAUCCAAUGAUCCCAUCACUGUGUCUGUUGGUUGGCGACGCUACCAGACCAUUGGGGUCUUCUCAAAGGAGGAGCACAAUUUCCGAAAACGUUAUCUCAAAUACGCCCUAGGUCAUGAAUAUUGUCAUAUGACUUUCUAUGGACCAGUUGUGGCCGCUAAGACCGGUGUAAUAGCUUUUGUCAACUCAACAUGGCGCAACCAGACUGAUAACUUUGCCUCUCCGAGAUUCCGUAUAGCUGGUACAGGAAGCGUAACUGAUUGUAACGAGUCUUUCCAGAUUAUGAAGAAGCUCAAGCUCGUCGGACAUCCCUAUAAAAUCUUCUCUAAAACAGCCUUCAUCCGUGGAAUGUUCAACUCAGAGCUCGAAGCGGCUAAAAUGAUUGGUUGUAAAAUUCAGACCGUGUCGAAAAUUCGUGGUUUGAUCAAAAAUGCCUUGACAGGAGAUAAGUACAAACCAGGUGACUUCCGAGCCACAUUUGAAGCCACUGUUCGAAAAGCAGACAUCGUUUUCCUGAGAUCUUUUGUUCCGAUUGAAUUGAAUGCCUUCUAUAACCCCAUUCCAAAUCGCCUAUUACCUGUUGCUGGAACAGCUGCUUCACAGGACCCCGAAAACAAGUGGAAGAUGAUGAGGACUAUGGGUGAACUACGUUGGGAUAAUGGCAUUAAAGCGGAAGUACCUGAAGACUCUAAAUACAAGACCCCAGAACGUGUUCCUUUCGUUCCUAUGCCCUUGACCAUUCCUACUAAACUUGUUGCAGCUCUGCCCUUCAAGGAUAAACCAAAACCGACUAAAAAGCAACUACGAACUCAGAAAUUCCGAGAGGACGAAGUCAGGCGAGCUCGAAUAGCUGAUAUUCCGGGCACAGUGCAUCCUAGAGGUGCAAUCGCAGAAGAGAGCGAUGUGCCAGACCCAAUUGGUCAUCAGAAAGACCGUGCACACCUGUUACAGCGUCUUAGAGAGAUUCAUACGGCUUAUCUUCAGAAAGAACAUGGUAAAAUGGUUGCGCGUACCACGAAAUACAAGGAGAAGAAGGCUGAAGCCGCUCGUCAGGCCGAACAAAGGAAUAAGCAACGCAGAAAACAAUUCUUUGCUCGACGUGGUAACAUGAAUAGCCAUUAA